GGGGUCCAGCGAGCAGCGCCGUCACGUUCACCUCGAUGGCGGUGGCUCUCUGCCUGGUUGCGACGCGGAUAAUAGCCCUGUGUCCAGACUUCGCCGUGCGAUGGGGGUGGGAUGAUGUGCUCGUGGGGCUCGGGACGGUCUUGAUGAUUGGCAAUGCCAUCUGCAACCCUAUUUCAAGGCAUUAUGGAUACGGACGAGACACCUGGCGUCUACCCUUUGACAACACAAAGACUGUGGAAAUGAUAUUCUACAUCGGUGGCAUCCUCUACGCCGUUGGCGUGGCGUCCACCAAAGUGGCCUUUCUCCUGUUCUACCUCAAGCUCUUUCCCUCCAAGACUCUCCGUUGGGUGGCGAUUCCCUUGUUGGUGGCGACGCUGAUCCAAGGGACCACGUUCACGUUCCUGUUCAUCUUCCAAUGCAGCCCGAUAUCCUACGCCUGGACGCAGUGGGACGGGACAGGACAUGGAAAGUGUCUCAACUUCGACCUCGGCGCCGUGAUGCACGCCAUCACCAACAUACUGCUGGACCUCUUGAUCUUCGCGCUGCCGAUAUGGCAGCUUUGGAGCCUGAGCCUUUCCAAGAAAAAGAAGUUCCAGGUCAUGUCCAUGUUCUGCGUCGGGUUCUUUAUCACUCUAGUCAGCAUCCUGCGCCUGUGGAGCAUGAUCUCCAUCGGCGACACCUGGAAUCCAACAUGGGACUUUGUACCUUUCGGAUACUGGUCCGACCUCGAGUUCAACGUCGGCAUCGCCUGCAUCUGCAUGCCCUCCCUCCGCGUCGUGCUCCGCCGAUACUUCCCCAACUUCGGCCUCGCGACCACGGACCGGGACCGCGAGUACGCCCUGUCGGGACCCAAUAUGGCUGCUGCGCCUGGCCCUGUGACACAAUCAAGCCUCGGGAAAGCAAACUUGAAGUCGUUCCGGUCGUCGACCCGGCGCGUGACGGCAGACGACGCUUCAGACCAGGUCGAACUGUGCACGUACAAUGUCACUGUGGCUGAACUGAAAUAAGUGAACAAUAUCUGCUCCGCAUAUACGGUGGUGCUGAUUCGGCGCCUCGUCACGCGGUGACCACGUGGACAUGAUGAAGUUACGACGAAAUAUAUUGCGAGGACCACAAUCUUGCGAUGCUCAUCGGCUGCCGGGCCACUUCAGCUUCUCGAGCGUGGACUGGGCUCAUCACCGAACAAUCAUUACAUGAAACCAAUGAACGUGAGGGGGAUAUCCCAUUCCUCGGUAUCGAUCCACGACGAGAUCAUUCCUGCAAUAAAGACAAAACGGGAAUGGAAUGGGACGAUUCCAACAGAGAAAUCGUCGUUACGAGGAAAUUGGUCUACCAUAAGCUGUCUUUGAUGUUUCGACCAGUCUGGGUCUGGAUGCUCUUUGAACAGUCGAAGCUGCGCGUUAGGGCAUCCCUUAAGAAGCGCAACGCUGCUCGAUGGUCGCAAACUGCCUUCUAAGCACUAUGGCAUCUUGCGCAACCCUUAUCAGCCACUGGUUCGAUUAGGGACUGAUCAAGGUUACGGAGGGCAAGGGCGGUGCUGGGGCAUUCAAAGAUCACGCAUUCAAGCAGCCGAAUUCGAAGUUUGCCCCUUUUCAUCUGGAAGUCGAGCUUCUUUUGGAGUUCGACCGAAAAGAUAGCAGAUCCAGAGGCGGACUGCGAAAGUGCACAUUGCGAGCCUGAAAGGAAAGGGAUACGGGGCGACAAAGAGAAAAUCCGAGAUUUAUUGAAGGGCAAGAAUCCACCGUCUAGGGUGACAAAAUGAGCUGAGAGAUUGCCUCGAUAUCCCUCUCUCCUGUAUAUACCAUGAGCGCAGGGGCAGCCUUACCGCUCUGUAGAGUGCCGAUCAUCGGGCGCCACAGACGUCGGCCUGAAAACCGAGAGCCAGUGAUUCUCUGGGCUGAGCCGUCUCCAGUCUAC